AUGUCUGAUGAACUUGUAAAAAAAUUGACAACAGUCAAACGUAAUUAUUUUGACAGUCAAGAUUACUCCUCGAAACUACCUCAACAAGAAUCUCCUCUAACAGAUACCAGUGCCUCUCUACAUCUACUUUUACAACAAAGAGAAGAAGAAAAUCGUUUGGAAGUCGAAAGACUCACUGCCGAAAUUAAAAAUCUCAAAUUGCAAUUGUUACAAUACAAUGGUAAUCGUAUCAGCCAAACUUCGUUGCAUAAUUUUGUCGACCCUUCGCAGAAUCCCGUCCUCACGAAUACGGAAUUUUCUAGUUACAUCAAGAAACAAGUUCUCCAAGCGGAAAUCUUCCACGGCACUCCCUUGAAUAACGAAUACGAGCUCAUACCUUUCAAUCAUUUCACUUAUAGUCGAGUUUAUCCGUCGGAUUUGGGCUUGGGGAAACGAGUGGUCGAAAAACCGAUAGGCUACAAACGAAAAGACAUUUUGGAAGCCCUAAUGAAGGGCCUGGAUUAUUUGAAUAAAAAUAUUACGGAAAAAGGAAGGAAGUAUGCUUUGGAUGAUUUUUUGGAGGGAUUGUAUCGAAUGGAACCGACUACAGGCACUCAGUUUGAGCUUUAUUUUAAAAAUAAAAACACAAAUAAGACGAUAAAUAUUGAUCAUGGAUUUACAAAAAUUGUUGUAAUGAGACCUUUUGCACCAUUGCAAACUGUUACAAGUGAAAGUCUUCCAGGUCCAAAAGACAAAGAACUAAUUCACAUAAUACUUCCAUUGAGUGGUCGAACUGCAACAUUUCAAAAUUUCAUGGACAAAUUUGUAAAAAUCAGCCUCAAAAACGACAAACGAGUGCACCUUACAGUUGUAUAUUUUGGUGAAGAAGGGCUGGCGGAAGCCAGAAGCAUCAUGUCUAGGGUUUUGAUGACGAAAAACUCUGGAGGAAACGCUAAUAAUUUGAGAUUGCUAGCAUUGAAUGAGACUUUUUCAAGGGGUAAAGGUUUAAGGGUGGGUGCAGAAAGGGCUUUAGAUGCUGGCCAAACUAAACUUACAGAUGUAUUGUUGUUUAUGUGCGAUGUUGAUAUUGUAUUUAGUGCCAGAUGUCGCUGGAACACAAAGCCAGGCAAAAAAGUCUACUAUCCAGUAGUCUUCAGCUUAUACAACCCUCAUGUAGUAUACACCUUACAAGGCAAAGAAGUACCAUCCGAAAAUGAACAACUAGUCAUAUCCAGAGACACCGGCUUUUGGCGGGACUUUGGAUACGGAAUGACUUGCCAAUACAGAUCGGACUUUUUAAAAGUCAAAGGCUUCGAUGAGGAUAUUGUAGGUUGGGGCGGAGAAGAUGUCAUGUUAUACCGAAAAUACGUUACUAGCAGUGUCAAAGUUAUACGAGGUACUGAUCCAGGGAUUUUUCAUAUAUGGCAUCCGAAAGUUUGUUCCGGUGGUCCGGGGGGUCAAAAACUAUCGGCGGACCAAUACAGGGCCUGUAUUAGAUCGAGGGCUUUAAAUGAAGCCUCACAUGCUCAACUCGGUUUUUUGGCUUUUAGAGACGAUAUAGCGGCCAAUAGUAAUCCUUCAAAGUACCCGGUACAUCCGAUUAGACCAAUGAAAAGCUCCUUUAGGAAUAAGAAUGUUUUGAAUAAGUCCGGUGGCAAGUUAUAA